AUGAUGACAUCGGCAGCGUUGUGGAAGCUUCCUGCAGCCCUGGCCAAUAGCAACUCUGCAGCUGCCGCAGGAAAAGCCAUGGCCGAAUUGGGAGUCGCCGCUUGCAUUGGUGCUGGAUGCGUCCAACAAGAAUUGCUCAAUCGACCCGUGGUUUCGGCUUUAUCCAAAACUACCUUUGGCAUAUUGUUGCCCAUGUUUUUAGGGACUUCCAUUAUGCGGACGGUUGCUCGAUAUGGCUUGUCGAAAUCUUCCUUGGCGGGACCCUUGUUGGGAGUCCUGCAACCGUUUCUAUUGUAUCAAUUGGCAAAGUUGGUUCUAGUGCCACUCUGUGGAAUUGACAAAGAUUCGGACGAUGGUCGAUGUACGGCAGUUUGUUCGGCAUGGGGAAAUUCCAGCGUGGUCCCGUUGAUCUUUUGCGAAUCCCUCUUUCGGAAUUCACCUGAAUACUUGGCCAAGAGUUAUGCCAAUGUAAGUUUGUUCUUGGUGGGAUGGUCACCCUUCUUUUGGUCCUAUGGACGGGCUGCCUUGGUGGGAAAAGAUGAAUCCAACACAAAUAGCAGCAAUGAUGCAACAUUGCUGCAAAAACUCAAACCACUCUUUCCUCCACCCGUCAUUGGAACGAGUAUUGGCCUCCUCUUGGCACUAUGGACACCCGUUCGUGAUUUAUUCAUGGGUGGACCAUUGCAAACUAUCUACAAUUCCUUUGCCACCUUUGGUGGAGCUGCAAGUCCGUUGUCCUUGUUGGUGUUGAUAUCGUCCUUGGCCCUGAAUAUUGGGAUCCGACCAAAAUCACAGCCCAAAGAAGAAGUUAUUGUCAUCCCAACAAAGGUGGAAUCCGACAUUGAAAACAGCAACAGAGCAUCUUUUGUGAAACAAUUCAUUUGUGUCUCCCUGUCAAGAUUCAUCCUUUCUCCACUCUUGAUGGUCGGCUUACUCAAAGGCUUUCAGAAAAUUGGACUGGUAUCAGGACCCCAACAAGCCCCCAUGCUGUGGUUCAUUGCAAUACUCCAAGGUUCCAUGCCCUCGGCACAAAAUUCGGUAUUGAUGCUGCAAGUCUCCAACAAACCUGAACAAGCUGGAGUGAUGGCAAAGUUUUUGUUUUUCAUCUACGCCGCAUCCAUGAUCCCAUUGGUAGCAAUUAUCAGUGUGGCUCUGCAACGGUUUGGUCUGGCAUAA